UAUUGCUUUAACUUAACUGAAUAUGAGUCAGCAUUCAACUGCUUUCACUUUACCACAUAAUGUCUGAUAAGAAGCCUAGAAUAUGUGUCAAUAAAGAUCUGUCACUUGCUGAUCAACAUAUUGCAAUUUCAAUAGAAGGACUGAAUGCAUUCCAGAGGGUGUCCCUGUAUGCUAAAAUAAUCCUUCCAAACGAAGCAGCUUUCGAGAGCAUAUCAAAUUAUAUAGCAGACAGUUCAGGCCGUAUCUGUCUGCAGUCGGAUAAAUCAUGUGGUGGAACAUACGAAGGAGUGUGGCCAAUGGGGCCGCUAAGCUCAAUGGUACCAUCAAGCACUAAUGAGCGAAAGUAUGAGCGGUUUUUAAUCAAGGACCCAAUGCAACCAUUCACAGUACACCUACAAGUUUAUGAUACUUUCAUAUCAGAGGUAGACAGUGUUCCCCGAAUGAAACACAAACUUUUAACUCAACAUGACAUUAUCAGAACAUAUGCUGCACCUGGUGUCUCCGAAAUAGAAAUAUGGGAGGGAAGAAUCAGAGGAACGCUAUACAUUCCAUGUGGAAGCGGAAAAUUUCCAGGUGUGAUUAGUAUGAGUGGUGGAUAUCCAGGUGCCAUGAAACAUAAAGCAGCACUUCUUGCUUCACGUGGAUUUGUUGCAUUGGCUUUAAAAUUUUUUGGGGCUGAUGAUUUACCUGGAAACUUUCAACAACUAGACUUGGGAUACUUCGUAGAAGCAGCAAAGUUUCUAAAAAAUCAUGAACGUGUUACUGCCAGUAAUGGUGUUGGUAUAAUUGCGAACUGUUCUGGAGCCAGUUUGGCACUUGCAACUGCUAGUUGUGCUCCCUAUGGUCUCAUAGGAUGUGUCGUCGCAAUAAGUGGUUGGAUUCACUGCUUUGGACAUUAUUGGUAUGAAGAUCAAAAGUGGAAUCCUUCUUCUUCAAUGAAGAAAAUAAAAAUGACAAUAGAAACAAAUUCAGAUGGUAUUGUUGAAUGGAGAUAUGACGUUGCCCCAAUAAUGUUCAAAGAAAUACCAGAGGAAGGCAGCCAUUUUGCUUUUUAUAAACGAUUACAUACAGCAUAUAUGUUUGUCUAUGGCGGAAAAGAUGGAUAUUUUCGUGACACUCCAGAAUUUGUUAAAAUGAAUAAAAACCUUCUGAUUUCUGCAAAACAUCCUGCUUAUAAAUUUUUAUUUUAUCAAGAUGCAGGGCAUUUGAUUGAGCAUGCGUUUUCCCCUCUUGCAAAAGUCGCUUGGACCUUUCAUGAACCUCAUUUGAAUGGCGGAGAACAACCCGGCCAUGGCUUAGCGCAGGAAGACUCUUGGCCAAAAAUUUUGCGAUUUGCUUAUGACAAUCUGACAACAAAUCAAAAUAAACUUUAGAGCCUUGAGUCAUGAUAAAACUGUUUAUCGUUCUUCUAUGCAUCACGCAUUCGUGGUCAAAAACCAUUAUUUUAUUCUGAGUGUCACCUUAUGGUAAUUUAACAUCGGCCAAUUUUAUUAAUUCGCAGUCUCAGAAAAGCAGGUUCAACAUGCUACUAAUCAUUGACCGUCAACAAUGUUACAUGUAUCUUGGAUAUUACAAAGGCUUUGCUAACCGUGUGAAAUUCAUUGUUUUUUAAAUUCCAUGAAUUUAAUAUUUCAUGAUACUGGUACAUUCUAGGAGCAUUUCGGGGAAAUAUAUAUAUAUUAUUCGUUUGUCAAUACGUUAUUUAUCUACAUUCUUUUUGUUAAAAGAUAUGUUACUAUUUAGUUUUCGCCCAAAAGAUAACUUAUCAUCGUUCACAUUAUUAUGAUAUAGCUAUGUGCUGCAGAAACGCUCGUUGAUGCAAAUUCUUCUCACCGUGCCUGCAACUUUUACUUAUUCCAAGACAAUAUAUAUGCAAUUGAUAAGAA